AUGAGUAAUCUCAAUAUCGGAUUAUGGAAUGCCAAUGGCCUGCAACCCAGAGCCAUUCAAGAUACCCUUCAACACUGUCAAUCAUUACAUAUGCUCUUCAUUACAGAAACAUGGCUCCUCUCCCCCUCACGUCUUCCCACAUCAUGGUCACAAAUUCACUUGUAUGGUUCUCCUGUAGCUGGCACCUAUAGGGGCUCUAUGGGUGUUUCCGUUCUAAUCUCACCUCACUGUCCUUAUGCUGUCACUCAAAUAUCUAUGCCCUCAAAAUAUGCUCUGGCUGUCAAAAUUGGCUCACUCAGAAUUGUAUGCUUAUAUCUUCCACCAACUAUGCCCACUUAUGAUGUCCUAUAUGUACUCUCUUCCAUUCCUUUAACACAUGAUAUCAUUCUUUGUGGUGACUUCAAUGCAAGACUUGGCUCUGUUACUGGUGACUAUGCAUCAAAUUCUCAUGGACUGGCACUAUGUUCUUGGAUAGAAGAGAGAUCUCUAUCAGUUGUAAAUGCAGAUCUUGCACCUUGCAUACCGACAUAUAUUUUAUUCCACAACAACUAUGAAAUCAGCAGUAUUAUUGAUCUCUUUAUAACUAAUAUGCCUCUCAUCAAUUCUUCUCUUCAUAUUGCUACUGACUUGUCUCUUGGAUCAGAUCAUCGCCUUUUAUCACUUUCCUUUACCUAUGAUCUACAGCACUCUACCAAUAUGCCACUACCAUUACGCAAGACAUGGAACCUCUCACGCCUCAAUGAACCUGAUGUCCAUGCUCUUUAUGCUCAUACCUUCAAUCAAAACUUGACCUCCCUCCUUUCCACCUUGCAAGACAUUGUACAGAAUCCGCCACUCACUAGACCCAACAUUGAUGCUAUCACUGAUAAGUUCAAUUCACUCAUUUAUGACUCAUUAAAUAGCUCAAUUGGACAUCGACCCUCUUGCCCAAAUCAUUGGAAAUCCUUUUGGAAUGUGGCUUUGCAAACAGCAGUGGAUCGUUGUAACCAAUGUUACAAAAAAUGA